AAGACAGAGUGUAUUCGUUUAUCUAUAAAAUUCUCAUAUCUAUUAGUAGUGCAUUAUGACUUCUUAACUAUUGACAGCAGAACAAUUUGGCCACAAAAAUGGCUCUACUUUUGGCUUUUUUAUGUUUAAUAAGUGUUGCAAAUGUAGAAGGAAUCCAAAAGAUAAAUUCAGAAAACAUAACACGAAUUCUUGAUCGACUUCUUGAGGGCUAUGACAACCGACUACGGCCAGGAUCUGGAGUCUCUGUUACUGAAGUCAAAACAGACAUAUUUGUCACAAGUUUUGGACCAGUGUCUGAUGUUAAAAUGGAGUACACUGUGGAUAUGUUUUUCCGCCAAAUGUGGGUUGAUGAGAGGUUAGCAUUUGAGGGGCCCAUAGAAAUCCUGCCUUUGAACAACCGCAUGGUCGACAAGAUCUGGACGCCUGACACAUUCUUUCGCAAUGCAAAGAAGUCUCUCGCUCACAACACGACGACUCCAAACAAGCUGUUCCGCAUCAUGCAAAACGGAACGGUCUUCUACACCAUGAAGCUGACCAUAAGUGCAGCAUGUCCAAUGCUGCUGAUGGACUUUCCCAUGGAUGGGCACGCGUGUCCUCUACUGUUUGGAAGCUAUGCUUACACUAACCGAGAAAUAAUCUACACAUGGAGGAAGGGUCUUGAGGCAUCAGUAGAUGUUCCUCCUGAGUCUUCAAGCUUACUGCAGUAUGAUCUUGUUCGCCGUACCGUGUCCAGUGAAACAUAUAAAUUCAGCACAGGUCUGUAUUCUGUCCAGGUUGUCCAUUUCUAUCUUCAGAGGAAGCUUGGCUACCAUCUUAUCCAAACGUACAUCCCUCUUAUUAUGGUGGUUGUACUGUCACAGGUUGCAUUCUGGAUUAACAAGGAGUCUGUUCCAGCUCGUACAGUAGCAGGUAUCACCACUGUGCUCACCAUGACAACUCUAAGCAUCAGUGCUCGCUCUUCACUGCCCAAAGUCUCCUACGCCACCGCCAUGGACUGGUUCAUCGCUGUCUGCUUUGCGUUUGUAGCCUCGGCUCUUGUUGAGUUUGCCGCGGUGAACUACUUUGCCACGCUGGAGGCCAACAGGGAGAAACGCAGGCUUUCCAGGACCUCCAUUCUAGAGUCCACAGCCCAGGGCAGUGAUGAUGAGCCAGAGACGCCUCAGUCUGAUACCAGUGGCUUUACCCGUAGGAGAAAGACGAACUCUGUGUGUGAGGCAACUAGUACUCGUGUUCCCAUCUUUCUUCAGGGCUCCGCCAUCCCACCCAACAUGGCGCUGGCAGGUACAAGUGAAAUAGACAAGUACGCCCGCAUACUUUUUCCCCUGGCCUUCGGAAUCUUUAACCUUGUCUACUGGUAUAUGUACCUCAGCAAAGACACCAUGGAAAAGCCCAGAGAAAUCGAGUGAGUUUCCCUUGAGAAACACAAGACAUAUUCAGCAGCAAGCUUGUGUACUCGCUACAGAAGACUCUGUGUGCUCAUCUCCUUUGCACCUCUCACUCUCUCAGUGUUACCAGAUUUCACAAGAGAAACAACCUGGUCUAGAAAAAAAAGCAAAGUUAUUUAUGAAUUAUUGAGUAAGGAGAAUUGCUAAAAUUCAGUGAUCAGCAUAUAAAUUACGCAAGGAUGAAUGGUAACUUGCUGCAAAAUAAUGUAUUUUAAAUACUUAUAUCCUUUUACAUAAAUAAUUAAAAGACUGACAUUCUAAAUCAAUGUAAACAUCUCUCUCUGUGUACACACACAUACACACCUGGGAAAGAUAAAACCAGGAUUUAUGCAUAAUUUCAGUAGUGGAGGGGCUAGGAAAGGCAGAAACAUGAGAUGAAAGGAGCAACAAAUUAAUUAAUAAUGACAUAAUGUAGAGUUCAGCUCGAACAGUAGGUGGGUAUAUAUGACAGCUGCGAUUACUGGUUGGUCACACUUUAUUGUGUUAUGGGAACAAGCACUGAAACUUUAAUCUGGAAAUAAAAAUGCAACUUGCAACCAAAGUCCUUUUAAGCCAAGUCAGUCCACUCUUCAGAUAUAGUGCAAUGCCCCAGGGAAGCUAUUUCCCAUCAUAAAAGUACAGCUCAUAUCUACUUAAAUAGGUAUAGGAUCUCCAAAAUGGUUGCUAAGGUAACGUUCCAAAACCGUAUUUCAAAUUGGAAAUAAAAUCUGGCAACAAUUACAAAAACAAACAGUGAUAGGCUCUUUUAUCUGCAGGGCAGGACUUCCUUUCCUACAGCAACCAGGCAAUUUGCUGUAUUUUUUACUUUAAGGCCUGACUUCCAGCCCUACAGUUGCCAUAUUGAGUGUUGCGAUUCAUCCCAUUCAUUUUAUUACGAGUGGUCGAUCUUAUCACCUUAUAAUGUCUCUGCUGUGGCUGCCCAUAUUUAUAAGUCAUUUCAUGAAAAAACAAACCAAAGUUGCUUAUAAGUGGACAUGGCAACACUUCUCUCUUUCUGUCUUUCACUUUCGUCAUCAAGCAACUUCAUCCCUGAUAGAGCAUAAGCUUGUCUGACACUAUUUGACAAGCAUUUGAUCCUAUUCCUUCUUAAUUAUAUCACCUACAUAUACUUUCCACUCCAUUUGCUUUUAUAUUCACAGCUGUGGGCCACUGUUAUUCUCUACUACUAACCUUGGUACAUUGCAAACCCUGCUCUGGUUCUGCUCUAGUUCUGCUCCUCAGUGUGUGUGUGUGUGUGCCAAACUAAGAAGUUGAUGACAUAAUCUGCAGCUCAAAAUGGUGAUGCAACAUUGAACCAAUGCUUUCAGUGGCAUGCCCUCUACAGAGACAUGACACACACUGCACCAGAUCAAAGGGUGUGAGUUUAUACUGACAGCUUCAAAGAUUUCACAUUUAAUAUAAGGAAGAAAAGUGGAUCCAUAGAACUGAACUUUUAUUAAUAAAAUUUCUAGGCCAUCCACACGCAUACAUUUUUAGAUACAUAUAGUGCUUUUUUCUUGACGUGGUGGCACUGAAAUAAAGGGAUAAUGUGAAUCUGAGAGUGGGGGUGGAUGUUUAAUAUGUAUUCUCGGCUUGCGUUUUAUUUGAUGUUCUCUGAUGUUUCUCUAUGUAUCUAUGUACAUACUUCUCAGCUCUCAGCUCCACUGGGAGAACAUGCACAGGAAUGUAUAAUGACUUUCAAUGCUGCUGCUAAUGUUACCAUGUGAAUACAAGAAAUUCAAUUGACAUUUAAAACCCAUUUGGCGUAGACAAUGUGGCACUGAACAAUAAAAAUGCUGGAAGUGCUA